UCAUUUCGGGAGAUUCAGUCUGUGCGCGUCUCUUCAACAGAAACCAUGCUAUAAACUUUUAUUGUUUAAUGACAUGCUUAUUGACAUUUGUGUUAUGAGAUAAAAACAAUACAAAAGUUUUCUGAAAUUACCUUAUAUUCUUUCUUAAUUUUUUUCAAACUAAUUAAAAUAUUAUUGCGGAAAAUAAAUAUAAUAUUAUAAAUAUCUUCAAUAUCAAUACAAUGAAAUUGAUUAUUGGUAUCUCGCCGAUUAUGGCGAUUCUAUGGAUUCUUGCUACGAGCAACUUAGCAUGUAGUAAGAGAUUAUUGAUCGUUACCCCAGCCCCAUCUUACAGUCAUCAGAUAGUAUUUCGGGCACUGUGUCUUGCUUUGAAUAAACGGGGUCACGAGAUAGUAACAUUGAAUCCAAACAUUCUAAACGAUUCUAGCCUAGUCAACUAUACAGAAAUAGAUUUUGGUUUUGUAUAUGAAAAGAUCGAUGAUACUGAUUUGAGUCAGACUCGUUGGAAUCUCACGCAACUAGGAGGAUUAAAGACGAGAUUGUUGAGACUAGGUCACGAUAUUGCGGAGGAUGUCCUCAGUCAUCCUGAUUUAUUGAAAUAUUAUGCGAAUGGAACGAAUGUGCAGUUUGACGCGGUGAUAACUGAGAUGAUUAUGACUCCUGCAAUUUACAUGCUGGCUCACAAAUUUAAUGCUCCUUUAAUCGGUAUUAUGUCUAUGGAUUUGCAAAACUGUCACCGUUUCAAUUUCGGCAGCCCUGUGCUAUCAUCGCAUCCUUCCAAUUGGGAGCUCGAAGAUUACACAGGGCUGAAUCUUUCAUUCUGGAAACGAUUGAUAAAUUUUGGGAAAACUUGGAGCAACAUAUACUCUUGGUUUAAUACUUUCGCGGUCAAACAGCAAGAAAUUGCCGAAAAGUACUUUGGCAAGGAUAUACCACAUAUCGUCGACGUUGCAAAGAACAUGAGUCUAAUUUUGAUUAAUCAAGAACCAUUGCUAGCAUAUGCGAGACCCGAGAUACCUAAUAUCAUUCAUUUUAGCGGAUUACACAUUAAAAAGACACCGCCGUUGUUAUCGAAAAAUUUAAAGGACUUCUUGGAUAAUGCAACAAAUGGCUUCAUUUAUAUGAGUCUGGGAACAAACGUGAAAAGUAAAUUAUUGCCGAAGGGAAUACUGGAGGUGUUUACCAAUGCCUUCGCCGACUUACCGUACAAAGUAUUGUGGAAAUUCGAGGGCGAUGGCUUUCAUGUUCCUCCUAAUGUUUUCAUCUCAAAAUGGAUCCCGCAGCAAGGUGUACUCGUUCAUCCAAACAUCAAGCUCUUCAUUUAUCAAGGCGGAUUACAAAGUACCGAAGAAGCAGUUCAUUACGCCGUUCCUCUCAUAGGAAUACCAUUUGUCUUCGAUCAGGUGUAUCAAGUUAUGAAAAUGGUUUCUCUGGGAGUAGCAAAAUACCUGAAUAUAGUCGAGCUUACUACGCCGGAACUGCACGAUACUAUACUGGAAAUCGCCGGCGAUAAGCGAUAUAAAGAUAGAAUGUUGAAAUUACGUGCUCUCACAAAAGACAAGCCUUACGAUAGUUUAGAGAAUGCUAUAUGGUGGAUUGAAUUCGUAAUGCGUCACAAUGGUGCACCUCAUUUACAUUUCAAUGGAGUCGAUACCGCAUGGUAUCAGCAAUUCGAUUUAGAUAUCAUUGUAUUCCUGACGAUAACAUCAUUCUUAGUUUUAUGUGCUCUUUUGGCUAUUGUAGGAUGGGGAUUGAAGCUUUUGUAUAAUAAUAUGAUAAGCAAUCAAAUACAUGAUCAAUUCAAGCCAAACAGAGUGUUUGAAAUGUUUAUGACAAAAAAAAUAAAAUCUGCAUGAUCAAGUUUUAUAUAUUAAAGGAACAUUCAAAUUGUAAUUGAAACUUAAAGGUUUCUUUCUAUAUAAGCUAUGACAAGUGAUUUAAAAAAAAGAAUUAAAUUAUAUUUUUACAAAAUAAAUAUGCAAAAUAAUCGCGAAAUAGACUUCUUUUAUCUCUCGAGCACUUGUGCACGUGGAUUUUACAGUACUCAUUUAUACGAAAAAUAGGGAAAAGAGGAAGCCGAAGAAAGUGAGAGAGGGCAAAUUUUUGGCAUGGGGGCGAAUACUGUCAGUAUAAAACUGGUAGUUGAGCGAAAUGGGUUUUGUGAACGUACAAAAUUGCAUCCCGAGAUCCAUUAUGUUCAUUUGUGCGUAUUCAUGGAAUUAUGAGACAGAAAGCAAAAAAGAGGAGACUGACAAAAAGAAAGAGAAAGAAAAGAAAUGAGAAAAUGAGAAUAUUACGAGAUUAUAUAUAUAUAUAUUAUGUGAAUAAUCUUACUUUCAAAUUUGUGCUAGAUAAUAAGACUACAUAAAAAAAUCUCAAAUAUAUAACCAUGUUAAUUGAACAACAGAUAGAGAUAUAAAAUUAUAAAUUUUAUAAAUAGCUAUAAUCGAGAAAUAUUGUUAGUUAAUAGAAACGCAGAUAAUUAUAUUCUCUAGUAUUGUAUGAAUAUAUCAAUAGUACACGAUAGUCAUCGUACGUUUAACAUAUUUUCCAUAUACGCAUUCAUGAUUUCGUAGAAAUUCGAAACUCAAUUAGUUUCGGAAAUGACGCUGAGUGCCACGUGUUAUUGUUAACAUGACCGAUGUGUUUCGAAUAUCAGGUUAAUGAGGCUCCCUUUGCCGCCGGUUCGCGCGUCCAUUUGGCAGAUGGACCUAAUUCAGAGUGCAAGGAUCCAUUAACACGUAUAUUCGACCCAAGGAAUGUAUAGCGCGAUAAUGUAUACGAUGCUAACAUCGCGCACGUACACAAGGCCAAAUGCCGCCGACCGAGCACACGUAUUCUAUGAACAUUGCAGCAACAAUUAGGAGACCCCUUUGCCAUCGGGCGGAAUACAUAUCUACGGCCAUUUCAAGUGCCUGUGUGAAACCUAUGCGAAUCGCGAACACGUAUACUGGUACACACACACUACUGAUAACUAUAUUGUUAAGGAGCAUUCAUCGCCCCGUUGUAACAUAGUCGCGCGUACGCUAUACUAUCUUUGCCUCAGAAGCGAAACAUUGACUGAUCAGGCUACUGAUUAGAAGUUUGAUAUUGCAGGAAAUAUUUCCGAUUCACUCAUUUAAUUGCAGUAUUUUUGAACAAUUAAUUAACAAUGAUUUCUGAUAUUUUUUUUUUUUGUUUACGAUUUGUUAAGUUCUUUUGUGAAGAUAAGGAUGUCAGCGUUUAAUAUUAGGUCAACGCUUUUAAUAUUAAAUUUCCGUUAAUUAAGAGAAGCAAUAAAUUUAGGAUUAAAGAUAAAUUAGUAAUAAAUUAUGCACUUUAUUAUGCCAUAGAGUUUUAUUUCUAGUUAUGCGAGUGUCAGUAUAAUAGAAGUGCGAUACACUUUGGCGUGUAUGCUAGCGUUUCUAAACUCUUACUACUUUCGGCAUUGCAGUGCUGAUCGAUGCGCAUUCUUUCUUUGGCAAUGAAUCGAAUCGCAUUAUUCAGGCGCGCUGACUUUUAUUUAAAACACAACAAAUUCGGACGCCCGAGCGAAGCGAUAAAGGACGUGGCGCAUCACGGAACGCGACUAAAAAAUACAAAUAGGUAUGGGGGUGAUGGGGUCUCGCGCGCAAUUGCGUCGUUGCGCCGUUACUUUAGCAGCCCGUCGCUACCGAAAGCGGAUCACUCUCGCAUUCACGAGACACGUUAUCACGUUUCGCUGCAUCAACGGAAUUUGGAGUAUUUUCAAUUUCCUAUGGCAAACACGUACACACACAAAAUGAGAGAACAUCGAUACGAGUGCAUGCGAUAUUCUCGUAGACGCAACCGCGGUUCACAGCCGCCAAUAAAAGACAAUCAUGCGAAAUGUUGCACGCUAUUUCCAACGAAAUCGGGUGUCGCGUGCACACGACACAAACGAGAAAACACACAUCGACGAUAUUUUCUCAUUAGAUUGAAGCGCUUGUUCAAUUACGAAUGGAAAGUUUCCAAAAUUGAAUAACAUACUCUUACUAUCAUUAUCAAUUUUUGGUUUAGGCCCACGAGGUCCUUGCCACAAUCGCAAUUUUUAUUAUAUGUAAAUACAGUCUACGCUAUAUAUUAUAUAAAUGUCUAAGAAUAAAUAACGACACACACUGCGAUAGUAAAUUUACGGCAUUUUAUUAAAACGCUAAAUUUAAUAAAAUUGUAAUUUUAGUCAACAA